GUAUAGUUUUCGACAAAUUUCGUCGUUUACUUUUUUCAGCACGACAGCUUGUUUAUGAAGUGAUAAAGUGCAAAAAUUAACUAAAAAUUACUGUGAAUACUAUUGUAUUUAACAAAAUAUGAAUAGCAUAGAAAUAUUUUACGGCUCAUCAGAAGACGAGGAUCAAAUACAGGAGCUGAUAAAAUUGCGAAGACAUUUGAGGCAGCAAUUAAAUGUGUAUGAUUUGCCAGAUGUGGAGUUUGUGCGAAAUUUAAGCUUUUCGAAGCAAGCAUUUCAGUUAGUACUGGAAGAAAUUGCAUUACCAGACGCAAUUCGUAGUACUGCCGUGCAACCAGCCAUACAAUUAGCUGCCACUUUGAACGUUUUGGCCAAGGGCAGCUACCAGCAUGGAGCUGGAAACCAGUUUAAUCUAGGCCUCGCUCAACUAACCGUCAGUCUCAUCAUUAAAGAGUUGAUACCUUUAAUGGAGGAGAAACUUUGCUGCAAGUGGAUAAAAAUGCCAGACAACGACGACAAAUUACAAAUAAAAGA